AUGAAUUCGGCUAGCACGAGCCAUCUUAAACUGAGUAUUGUGGUUCUGGCAUGUUUCCAUUGAUAUUGGCCAUUAUUUUAAAUAAUCAGCAGGCCAAUUUUGGCCAUGAUCGCCCAAUCAGAACAUAUGGGACAGGUUAUGGUUACCGCAACAUUGCUAAAAAAAAGUUACCCUAUAUAUCACCAUUAGACUUAGUGAGUGGCUUUUGCAGUGAAAGUACCUAGGCUUGCUUCUUGCGAUUUUCUAUUUUCACAUCCGAUUGCUCGGAGAAACUAACAAAAGAUACCACUACCCCACUGACCCUCUUGCAGCCUUCACGAACCUCGAAAAAAAAUUGCAAAUAGCCUACCUGGCACUGUUUACUCGAGCGUCAACCAAUAAUCGUGUUCUCAUUGGCUUAAAUUGAAGGCAGGGCAGUAUAAAUUCUCUCAAAUUACACAUUUAAUUCCUUUCGAGCACGCACACCAGUGUACGGUAACUGAAGAUGCCAGUAAUCAGAGUCUUGAGUAGAGUUGCCAAGCAGGCCCUCCUGGCCCCAGGCUGUGGAUGCCAGCCAGUGGCAGUGGCUGUGCGUAACAUUAGCUUCUCUCCACGCCAGGUCACCUCGGGAUCCGAUGCCAGCUUCCACUCGGUCUCCUUCUCUGAGACAGACCACCCCAAAGUCCUCAUCACAGGUGGCUUGGGGCAGCUUGGUGUGGGUCUGGCCCAAAUGCUGAGAAAGAGAUUUGGGAAGAAUAACGUCAUUCUGUCAGACAUUAGGAAACCACCAAGCAAUGUUUUCCACAGCGGACCCUUCAUCUACGCAGACAUCCUGGACUACAAGAACCUGCGGGAGAUCGUGGUGAACAACCGCAUCACCUGGUUGGUGCACUACAGUGCCCUCCUCAGUGCUGUCGGAGAGGCCAACGUCCCACUGGCGCGUGCCGUUAACAUCACCGGUCUUCACAACAUCCUGGACAUCGCAGCAGAGCACGGGCUCCGUCUCUUUGUCCCCAGCACCAUUGGUGCCUUCGGGCCCACGUCACCCCGCAACCCGACCCCUGACCUUUGUGUGCAGCGUCCCCGCACCAUCUAUGGUGUCUCCAAGGUCCAUGCAGAGCUGAUGGGAGAGUACUACCACCACCGCUAUGGCCUUGACUUCCGUUGCCUGCGCUACCCUGGAAUCAUAUCCGCAGACUCUCAGCCAGGGGGUGGCACGACAGACUAUGCAGUUCAGAUUUUCCACGAUGCCAUCAAGACCGGGAAGUUUGAGUGCAACCUGAAACCGGACACACGGCUGCCCAUGAUGUACAUCGACGACUGCCUGCGGGCCACUCUGGAGGUCAUGGAGGCGCCCGCAGACCUGCUCAGCAUGCGCACAUAUAACAUCAACGCCAUGAGCUUCAGCCCAGACGAACUGGCGCAGGAGGUCCAGAAACAGCUGCCCGACCUGCAGGUCGACUACAACAUCGAUCAUGUGCGACAGGCCAUAGCUGACAGCUGGCCAAUGAACUUCGACGACAGCAAUGCUCGAAACGACUGGGGCUGGAAGCACGACUACGACCUGCCUGAACUUUGCCAGACUAUGCUCAACUUCAUUGGCGCAGAGAGCCGCAUGGCCCAAGCCAACUGAGCCUGCUCCGAAGGCCAUUGAGACGUGUACAUAGUGUAAAAAACUGUUGGCUUUGGAGAAGAGAGAACUCUAGGUCUGUAAAUAGUAUGUCCCUGUCUCUCUCUCUCUCUUUCUCUGUCUCUCUCUGCUGCUUGGGAAAGCCUUGUUGUCUUAUAGCACACAAGUCAGUGCCAGAUUCAGAAGGUUCCUUUUUUGGUACUCUUGGCCCCUUAAAGUGGGCACAGAAGACC